AUGUCCAGCUGGUGGUUCUCUGCUGGAGGAGGAACCGAGGAGGGGAGAUUCGGCCGGAGCUUCUCGCAGAUGAUGGCGAAGGGGAGAUUCUCUGCUUCUUUGGAAAGCAACAGAUUCGGUUGCACCUUCUCGAGUUAUAAUGGCAGCGUGGGGCUGGCAAUGGAGAGAAUGAAUAUCUCGAAUGCGGGGCUGGCGGAGUGGGGACGUCGAGGAAGAAAAGAUGAUGGCGUCGCGGCGAUGAGAGGAAGAUGA